AUGGUCCGAAGUGGGGGCUCGUUCGGGGAUAUCGAGUCGGGAGCUGGCGGGGCCAUGAGGUCCACAGCGUAUGCGUCGGAGCAGAGCAACGAGGAAGCGUUGAGUCAACUGGAGGAGAGGGCUAGACUAAUCAAGGAGUUAACUAAAGACAUUCAUGGCGAAGUUCAAUCACAAAAUCGGUUCCUGGAUGGCAUGGGACUGGAAAUGGACUCUGCUAGAAGGAUGCUUGCUGGGACAGUGGAUCGUUUCACAAAAGUGUUCAGUUCUAAGCAGAAUCGGGGCUUGGCAGCCGUGGUUGUGUCGUGUGUAACACUCUUUUUCAUUCUUUACUUCUUUACAAAGCAAUGA